GUGUUAGUUUCCUUGCAUUGUGAACUCCGUGGGGUGGGUGAGUGAUUCCUCUCUCAGCUUCAGCCAGCCAGCCUUGCUGCGCCUCUCUCUCUCUCUCUCUCUCUCACGCACACUCACUUACUCACACACUCACUGCUUGGAUCGUCAGCUGGGAACCCACUUCCAAUUCCACACUGUUCUGCAUUUUUUGAGGUUUUGUUUCGGGAAAGCAUGCACCUCUGUGAGCAAUGGGAGCAUGAAAUCUGUGAUUCGAUUGCUUUGGGUGGCCCUGUUCGUUGCCGUAAUUUUGAAGUGGCGGUGUGCUCAUGGCUGCAAGCACCAUGAGAGCUUUAGUUUGCCGCAAGCUGGGUGAUCCCACUCUACCGUUUUCCGACACAUCCCCCAUCUACGUAGAGGAGAACUUCCCCAAGCCGAAGCUGUCUUCUCCUACUUCUGUGCGUGUGAAGGUCUUCGCAUCCAGUCUGAAUUUCGCAACCGGUUUGCAAAUCGAGGGAAAAUACCAGGAGAAGCCUCCUUUGCCCUACGUCCCUGGAGAAGAUUUCUCCGGGACAGUUCUGGAAGUGGGUGAUCGUGUGACUAAAGUGAAAGUAGGAGAUGCUGUUUGUGGGGCUGCAACGGGUGGGGCUUAUGCUGCGGAGAUCGUCAUUGAUGCAUCCUUGGUGUUUAAGGUGCCCAAUGGAUGCGACCUCCUGCAGGCUGGUGGGCUUCCGAUUGCGUUUGGUACAUCCCAUGUAGGAUUGGUGCAUCGUGCGAAUCUUCAAGCAGGCCAGGUGCUUUUGGUGCUGGGCGCAGCAGGGGGAGUGGGAUUAUCCGCUGUGCAGAUUGGCAAACUUUUGGGUGCGGUUGUAAUUGGUGUUGCUAGGGGCCACGAUAAAGCAGAGCUGCUAAAAGCAUAUGGAGUUGAUCUUGUUGUGGAUCCCAAAGAUGGUGGGCUCAUCAACACCGUAAAAGCAUUCCUGAAGUCCCGAAAGCUCAGAGGCGUAGAUGUUCUUUAUGAUCCGGUUGGUGGGAAGCUCUUCAAAGACAGCAUGAAGCUUUUGAGCUGGGGAGCUCACAUUGUCAUCAUCGGGUUUACGAGUGGUGAAAUCCCCAGCAUUCCUGCUAACAUUUUACUCGUUAAGAACUUGACUGUUCAUGGCUUGUACUGGGGAAGCUACACUCGAUUCAACCCACAAGUUAUGCAAGACUCUAUGGAAGCCUUGCUUGGGUAUUUGACAAACGGCAGUCUGCGCGUCCACAUUUCUCACACGUUCUCGAUCGAUGAGGCCAACAAAGCCUUUGCAUUGUUGAAGCAACGUGAAGUAAAGGGAAAAGUGAUGAUAUUACCUGGAGGGAGUUCUUCCAGCCCUGCAUCAAAACUGUAGGAAUUCUUCUCAACCUACGCAUCUGCUCAACAGUAGUAACAUAAAACUGAAUGUUUAUAGAAAUUGCUUCGAGCAGUCUUCUGUCAUUUUCCACGACAGGAAAGCUUUGGGUUGUAAUCCUCAAGUAUAUAUUUCUCACGCUAAGCAUGGAGAACAUUAAGGUAGGCCUAUUCACCUUGGAGAGACUAAUUUGCAAUUCAAUCUAGAAUAACAAAUAAUUCGAGAAUGGGAAUUUAGGUGAAUCAUAUGUAUGCUAACUUUGAAGUGCCAUAAAAUUGGGAAAAUGAAUAAGUAAAUAAAUAAAAAUUAUACAUAUGAUUUACUGUAAUAGCUAUCAUUAAAUAAUUUUAAUGCA